AUGGUCGGAGGCCAGGCGGGCUGGGCGCGGUGGGGUCACUGGGUGGCCCUGUUGCUGGGCCUACUGGGCACCUGCGGGGCGCGCCCCCUGCCCGACUCCAGCCCCCUGCUGCAAUUUGGGGGCCAAGUGCGCCAGCGGUACCUGUACACGGAUGAUGCUCAGAGGACAGAGACACACCUGGAGAUCCGUGCUGAUGGCUCCGUGGGGGGUGCGGCCAGCCGGACCCCAGAAAGUCUCUUGGAGCUCAAGGCCCUGAAGCCAGGUGUGAUUCGAAUAUUGGGUAUCAGGACAUCCCGCUUCCUGUGCCAGAGGCCAGAUGGGGCCCUGUACGGAUCGCUCCACUUCGAUGCCCAGGCCUGCAGCUUCCGUGAGCUGCUUCUCCAGGACGGAUACAACAUUUACCGGUCGGAGGCCUGGGGCCUUCCACUCCGCCUGCUGCCAUCCCCCAGCUCCCCGGGAUCCCCGGAACCAGCCUGGCAGGGUGCUGCCCGCUUCCUGCCGCUGCCAGGCCUGCCGUCAGCUUCCCUGGAGUCCCCCGAAACCCUAGGCCCUGCACCCCCAAAUGUGGGCUCCUCGGAUCCCCUGAGCAUGGUGGGGUCUCCUCAGGGCCAAAGCCCCAGCUAUACGUCCUGA